CUCUGCAUUGGGAUACAUACAAAUCGCAAGUACCCAAGAGCAUGAGGACCCAACAGAAACUCUGAAAAAAAAUCAUAGAAAGAAAACCCAGAAGGACUGAAUCAUGCCUUCAAGGGCACUAUCUCCAGGCUUCAAUCCUCAUGGACAGCCCAGUUUCAUUACCAAAGCCAGGAUCUUGUUUCUGGGUCUGAUAAUUUCUGCCUCUGCAAUACUAAUCUUCACAAUUCUUUACUCUCUUUACUAUCUGUGGUGUUCACUGGUAAAUCGCUCAAAGACCAUCCCUUUUGACUCUUGUGCGCCAUUGAAGCUCCAGAGGUUCUCGUAUAGAGAACUAACGAAUGCAACGGAUGAUUUUGAUGAUGCGAAGAUUAUAGGUAAAGGUGGGUCUGGUACUGUGUUUCGUGGCAUUGUGAGAGAUGGUAAGCUACUUGCUAUCAAGAGACUUGACAGUCUUUCUUUGGAGACAGAGAGAGAGUUUCAAAAUGAGUUGCAGAUUCUUGGUGGUCUAAGGUCUCCUUUCUUGGUUACCCUACUGGGGUACUGUGUCGAAAGGAAUAAGAGAUUACUUGUGUAUGAGUAUAUGCCAAAUAAAAGUCUGCAAGAAAUGCUAUUUGGAGAUGGACAUUUGGGUUUUUCUUGGGAGAGAAGGUUUGAUACAAUUCUUGAUGUUGCUAAAGCACUUGAGUUUCUGCAUUGCGGCUGUGACCCACCAGUGAUUCAUGGAGACAUUAAGCCCAGCAAUGUUUUGCUCGAUUCGGAUUUCCGAGCAAAGGUUUCUGAUUUCGGGUUGUCAAGGAUUAAGGUUGAGGUUGAGUUUGGGGUGGAUUUGUUUAGCCAAGAGCUUUCAGGAAACUUGGGAGGAACUGGUGCGGAGACAACUGCAAUUAGUACACCUGUGGAAGAUAAUACUGAGGUAGAUUUUGCUCUUGCUUUACAAGCUUCAUCUUCCUCAAAAAAUAGUAAGGUAAGUCACAAUGUUAGAGCUUUGAACUUGAAUUCAUUAAAUUAUAAUGCCAAUCUUGUAAGUGAGAGUAGUGACUUUAAGUUUUUGAGUGGUAAGGGGAAAGAAGUUUCAAACAUGGAUGUUGGCGGGGAUGAUUGGAAUUGUAUGUUUGUGCCUUACGAUGAUGAGUUCUGCAGUUUUGACAAUAGUAAGGAAUUGAAUAUGAAUGCUUGUUCUGUUGUUGAUGAUGUGGAGGAUACAAAACAAUGGGGGAAAGAUUGGUGGUGGAGGCAAGAUGGGAGUGCUGAAUUAUGUAGUAAAGAUUAUGUCAUGGAAUGGAUUGGAAGCCAAAUUUGCCCUUCGACGAAUCCCGAUUGGGAUGAAGAGCAGAAAAGUACUCCUGAGAAAGCAGGAUUGCCAAAUUCCGCCCCAUUAGAUAAGCUAGAAGAUGUAAAUGAGGCUCAGAUGCAAGAAUUGGGGUAUGGGAGUCUUGACAAGAAGUUUGAGAAGAAAGAAUCCAAGCGCGGUAAGAAAAAUCGCAGAAAGAAGCCAAGGAAGAUGCAGGAAUGGUGGAAAGAAGAGCAUCUUAAUGAACUUAGCAAUAAGGGUAGCAAGAUGAAGAAUCUCAAAACCAAGUGGAAGACAGGAUUUAAGAUUGUUCAUAUUGAUUUGUGUAAAAGGCUUCACUUUCGGAGACGAAAUGCAUUCAGGGAACAGAAUCAACAUGAUUGUGAUCAAAAUGGGGAGUUCAGUUUCAGAAGAGGGUGGAAGAGAAAGAAUGCGCGUUCCACCGGAAGUGAUAUGUGGAGUGGAGAUCUUUGUAGCAGAGAGUUAAGCAGCACAACAAGUAUGAGGGGUACCUUGUGUUAUGUUGCACCAGAAUAUGGUGGCUGUGGAUUCUUAAUGGAGAAGGCUGAUAUAUACAGUUUUGGGGUUUUGAUACUCGUGAUUGUAUCUGGUCGAAGGCCUUUGCAUGUUCUCGCCUCACCAAUGAAGCUCGAAAAGGCGAACUUGAUAAGCUGGUGCAGGCAGUUAGCUCAAUCUGGGAACAUAUUAGACCUUGUAGAUGAAAGAUUGAAGGAUGAGUAUAAUAAGGAGCAGGCAAGCUUGUGCAUCAACUUAGCACUUGCUUGCCUGCAGAAAAUGCCGGAGUUGCGGCCUGAUAUUGGCGAUAUUGUUCGGAUUUUGAAAGGGGAGAUGGAUAUUCCAGCACUCCCAUUUGAGUUCUCUCCCUCUCCCCCUUCAAAAUUGUUGAGCAGGUCCAGGAGAAAACAACAGAAGACCAAUGGAGAGUAGGGUAGGUUUUGCAACAUGUAUCAUUGAUCUUGCUUCUUUUAAUCAUGUAAGAUUGUUGUGUUUCUUGAAUGUAACAUAGAAUGGAAGCUAAUACUGAGGGAGAAGAAAUUGAGGGUGUGUUUAAUAUGGGGGAUUAUGUUGAUAUAUGUAUAUUAGAUGACUGCUUUUGCACUUUCUUUGCCACUAACCAGCUGCAAAUAUUGAUGUUUCAGGUUCAUGUUUUGCUCCUUGGUUUGUAAGUUCUACUGUGUUUUUCAGUUCUAUUUCAAAAUCCCAGUUCAUCAGUGACCA